UACUCUAUUCCUGCAACAGCAAGACAGAGAUCCAACAAGUAUUGCCCACAUGGAAGCCCGUGGAAGAAGAUACAUUCCUUAUGCCAUCCCAUCCUAUCGUCAGAGAAUCUAUUCAAACAAACAAAACAAAACCCAAAUUAACAUGGUGGAAGGCCAAAACCCUCCAGAGAGAAGAAUUCAGAAGACAGAACAGGAUGUGAACUUUGAGAGCUGGUUUAAGGUCACAAUUCCAUUUGGCAUAAAAUAUGAUGAGGAGUGGCUGCUAAAUUUGAUUCAGAGCCAAUGCAGUGUCCCUUUCACUCCAGUCGAGUUUCGCUAUGAGAAAAUGCAAGCCCAGUUCUUUGUCAAUAAUGCCAGCACUGCCUUUGAACUGAAGAAGAUCAGUGACAAGCUUUUGGACAACAAUAAUGAAAGGAUCUCAAUCUUUAUCAGCGCCUCUGAUGUACCUCACUCUCUGCAGAAGGAGGUAAAGUCAGAAAAGAUGGAACAGCCUCAAAUAAUCAGAGAACUAAUCCUGCAGCCAAGAAUGAACAAAGGAUAUGAUGUAUCCCAGCAAGAUCUUAACAUCUACAGUAACUCAUUUGACCGAGACAUGGCAACUUAUAAUACAAAAAUGAUAUCACUGAAUCCUGGAAAGUAUGUGACUACUACCUUAACUACUCAUGAAGAGAACAUAUCCAAGAUGGAGACUUCAGUAGAGAUUGAGAAAGGGAAAGGCCAAACACCAGAAGAGAUGCAUGCAGAAUCAGACUCUUUCUGCACCACCUUCCCGGAUAAUUCCACCAGCAUGAACUCCAUCCUGGAAUUGUUUCCCAAGUUAUUACGCCUGGAUGGCCAGGCAUCAUCUAGACCACCUGUCUUUAACACUGAAACUCACAAGAAGUUACCAACUUGCAAGGGAAGUUACUUUGGAUCUGAAAUGCUAAAGGAUCUGAUCCUACAAUUUCUGCAACAAUACUACACGAUCUAUGACUAUGGAGAUCGACAGGAUCUUCUUGAUGUUUACCAUGAAGAGGCCUGUUUCUCCCUAACCAUUACCCACAACUUCAAGGAACAAGCUCCAAGCAAUCUGUGUGACUAUUUGAAGUACAGCAGGAAUAUGAAGAAUCUCAAGGAUCCAUAUGUACAGAGGCAGCUGCUAAAGCACAGAAAAUGUGACAUUGUAAACUCCCUCAAAGUGUUGCCCAAAACCCAACAUGAUCUCAAUUCAUUUGUGGUGGACACUUGGUUCCAGACGGAAAAGAUGCUCUGCUUCUCUGUCAGUGGGCAGUUCAAGGAAGUGGAAGGAAAUUCUCAGGGAUGUGUUCAUGUCUUCACUCGGACCUUCAUCACUACCCACAGCAGCAGUUCAAGCUUAUGCAUCGUCAAUGACAAGCUAUUUUUGAGUGCCAGGCCCCAAGAGAUGGAAAAUGCUUGCUCCAUUCCCAUGCUAUUGCCCUCAGGCUCUGAGAUGGCGAUUUCCCAGGAGCAGCAAAUGAUGCAGGCAUUCUCCACCAAGUCUGGGAUGAAGUGGUCUGAGAAGGACUGUCAGACCAACUACUUAGACUACAGUAGAGUUGUACAAGCUCUGCCGCAUCCUAAGAGUAAACAGCAGAGUCACGAGCCUGAACAUAGAAAAUGAGUAGCUCUGGAAUAUGGGAAAACCAGCACCAGAAACCUUGUCAGCACCAGGAUCAUCUGUAUAGCUCCGC